GUGAAUUCCAGAUUGAGCCUCUUCUAGCAAACAUUCUUCGCCAUCAUUCAUUUUCCUUUCUCAAUUAUCAGGAUGAAGUUUCACGCUCCAAUCCUUCUUGUUGCGAGUUUCUUUAGCUACGUCUCGGCCGAUGUCACCACCGACGACCCAGUCCGAUCAGUGCGUUCGCACCCACGAGACUUCCCUGUAACACUUCCCCAUACGCCUGAAGCCUUCCAGCUGUCGAAAAGGGCCACCCCAGCUCUGCCCAAAGGCAAGGACGCCACGAAGCUACACGUCUGGAUCCGCACCGACGAGCGCCCGAUAACCUACGACGAGCGCGGCGGCGCCCCGCACGAAGGCCUCAACCAGCUCAUGAAAGAUACCGGCGGCCGCCACAAAGACAUCAUCGUCGGUAAUCCAAGCAAAGGGUACUGGGAGUACGGACUCAUGUUCCACGACACGACGUGGCAGUCAAAGCCCAAUGGAGAUGGUGCGGCUGUGCUCAGCUAUGAGGUAAAUUACAAGGAGAUUAAGAACGGGAAGGAGGCGUUUCAGUACAUGGGGCAGGUGAAAGAUGGGAGGAAGACGCAUAAUAGUAUCGCUACGCUUGCGCAAUCUGAAAUCAAGGGUAAGACUUAUAACCACAAGACGUACAAUUGCGCGACGUUUGCGAUAGAUCUUACCAAGAAACUUGUCUAAGGUCGCUGGGAAGGGUGGACGUCUCUACUCUUUUCUCGGGAGUCAAUUGUAACCACCUGUUGGCUCCGUUCUUGGAGUUUUUGAACUUAUUGUAGGCGUUCUGCACAGACUUUUCUAGAUCACCGUUUCGACUUGCGUAUAGAUAGACUGUUGUUGCAUAUAGAUGAAAUGUUACUAGAUAUAAGACAGAAUGUUGUUAGAUGUAAUAGCAUGUUAUUAGAUAUAGU